CUAAACACUUCAAAUCAGAGAAGACAGGACGAGGCCAGCUAAGGGAAGGCUGGCGAGAUAGUCAUCAGCCGAUCAUGUGUUCUUACAAGCUGGUGACCGUGAAAUUCGAGGUGUGGGGGCUUCAGACCCGAGUGGAACAAUUUGUGCACAAGGUUGUCCGAGACAUUCUGCUGAUUGGACACAGGCAGGCUUUCGCGUGGGUUGAUGAGUGGUAUGAUAUGACAAUGGAUGAUGUUCGGGAAUACGAGAAAAACAUGCAUGAACAAACCAACAUAAAAGUUUGCAAUCCGCAUUCCUCCACUGUGGAUGACAUAGAGAAUCAUGCCCAAACAAGUGUAUCCGUGUUAGCCAAUCAGUUCCUUUUUACUCCGGACAUGACAAUGGACCAAGUGCGAGAAUUCGAACGAGCUACUCAGGAAGCCACCAACAAGAAAAUCGGCGUGUUCCCGCCUGCCAUCUCCAUCUCCAGCAUCUCCCUGCUGCCUUCCUCGGUGCGCAGCGCCCCGUCCAGCGCGCCCUCCACCCCCCUCUCCACCGAUGCCCCAGAAUUCCUGUCCGUCCCCAAAGAUCGGCCGCGGAAAAAGUCGGCUCCAGAAACUCUCACCCUGCCAGACCCCGAGAAGCCAGCCACCCUGAAUUUACCUGGCCUGCGCUCUUCUGAGAAGCCAUGUCGGCCCAAAUCAGAGUAA